AUGGACAUGCAGGAUCUAGCCAGUCCUCACAGCCGUGAAUCCCCUAAUGGUCCCAGACUCGACAACUCCCAUAUCAAUACCAAUUCCAUGACCCCCAAUGGCACUGAAGGUGAUAACAUCACAAUGCUCACCACAGCUGACUGGUUGUUAAGCUCUAGCUCACAGUCGGCUGCAGUUAAAACAGAACCAAUGAGCAGCAGUGACAUCACCACCCCAGUAGCCGACGCCUCCCUAGACAGCUUCUCAGGAUCAGUUAUUGGAACCAGUGGCUACAGCCCAAGACAAACACACCAGUUCUCCUCUCAGAUUUACCCUUCCAACAGACCGUAUCCACAUAUUCUCCCUACUCCUUCAUCCCAAAAUAUGGCUGCGUACGGUCAGACACAGUACACCACAGGAAUGCAGCAGGCCGCAGCCUAUGCUAGCUACCCCCAGCCUGGACAACCCUACGGGAUACCUGCCUAUGGCAUAAAGACAGAGGGCGGACUGAGCCAGUCCCAAUCCCCUGGACAGGCAGGCUUCCUCAGCUACAGCUCUGGUUUCAGCACCCCUCAGACGGGCCAGGCUCCAUACAGCUAUCAGAUGCCAGGUGGCACGUUCACAACCACGUCAGGACUGUACGCAGGAAGCAACUCCCUCACAAACUCAACUGGCUUCAAUAGUACACAACAGGACUACCCGAGCUACCCAGCGUUCGGCCAGGGCCAGUACGCCCAGUAUUACAACAGUUCUCCCUACACCUCCCCCUAUAUGACCAGCAACAACACCAGUCCCACCACCCCCUCCACCACAGCCACCUACACCCUCCAGGAGCCCCCCCUGACCAGCCAGGCCCUCACGGACCCCCCAGCAGUCGAGUACAGUACCAUCCACAGUCCUUCAACGCCCAUUAAAGAUUCAGAAUCGGAUCGAUUGCGGCGUGCCUCGGAUGGAAAGUCACGUGGCCGAGGGAGAAGGAACAACAACCCUUCACCACCGCCGGACUCUGACCUUGAGAGAGUGUUCAUCUGGGACUUGGAUGAGACCAUCAUCGUUUUCCAUUCCUUGCUCACAGGGUCUUACGCUAACAGAUACGGCCGGGAUCCCCCGACGUCUGUGUCACUAGGACUGAGGAUGGAAGAGAUGAUAUUUAACUUGGCAGACACGCACUUAUUCUUCAACGACUUGGAGAACACAGUGUACAUGAGUCAUGAGGAGCGUUGUCUAAUUCACAUGGAGCAGAACACAGUGUACAUGAGUCAUGAGGAGCGUUGUCUAAUUCACAUGGAGCAGAACACAGUGUACAUGAGUCAUGAGGAGCGUUGUCUAAUUCACAUGGAGCAGAACACAGUGUACAUGAGUCAUGAGGAGCGUUGUCUAAUUCACAUGGAGCAGAACACAGUGUACAUGAGUUGA